AUGGUGGUCAACCUCUCGUACAAACUCACGCACCUCGCCCACUCGCUCCGACAUGGUGGACACAGCUUGAGGAACGCUUUCCCAUCGACGGCCAACCCUGGCUUCGACUUCACCUCGAACGUCUUUGGAACGGUCAGCAAUGCCGCUGGGAACGUAGGAGGAGGGGCGGCGACGACGCUCGGUGUCGCUGCCGGCGCCCUCGGAGCGGGCGCAGGAGCGGCUGCUGGAGCCAGUUCAGGAGGAGCGACGGGAGGAGCCGGCGGCGCCUCAUCAAAGGCUGGUUCGUGGGGCGCGAACUGGGGCUUCCAGAACGGCAAACCCACCAACGGCCAGGCUGCUCAAGCCGACUCGCAGCAGCUGAACGACGACGCCGACGACCUCCGCGCACUCGCUUCCUCUCCCGCACGCCGUCGUGCACUCUUGCGCAGCCGCACCGCCCAGUCUUCCGGCCGCAUCGCCUCGUCUUUCCGGGCCCGCCAUGGUUCGCUCUCGUCCGGCUCUGCGCCUCAUCCCGACCUGCUCCGCGCCGAAGAGGCCGGUCUCUCCGGCGUACGCCUCAGCAGCGUCGAGAUGCAGCGACGGUACCAUUCGGCGUUCGCUCGCGGCGAAAAGGCGGACGAAGCGGUCGAGCGCGAGGCGGACGAAGUUGACCUGGACGUCAGCACAAACACGGAUGUCCUCAGGUCGAGGAGGCGAGCGAGCAUUUCGAACAGGCCGACGAUGACCCUCGCUUCGCCGUUCGUCAUCACCACCACGCCUUUCGCUUCGCCCCGUCGGCCGUCGACCCCCCUCUCCUCCGCAACCCGCUCCAUUCACACGUCGGCUGUUGCUGCCGAGACUGCGCCACCGACCGAUGCGACCACCGCCACCGAGUCUGCCGCGCCUCCCCCCCCCGCUUCGUCUGACGAAGCCGCUCCAACGCCGAACGCCUUUUCCGAGCCGCCUCCGACCGGCACAGUCGGGCGUGCACGAAGCAACUCGUCUCCGACUUCCGACCGUCCCUCUCUCUCCCGCACGCUCAGCCGAGAGCGCGCUCCCUCCGACGGCGACUCUCAAUGGCAGCCGACGUUUGCGCCCGCCUCGCCCAGGUUCCUUGCGAAGCGCGAGGCGAGGGGUCUGAAGCGCGCGGACCGCCAGGCGGACGCGAAUGAGCCGAGUGAGAUUGCGAAGGACCGGGACAGGAAUGGAUGGCUUGUCAAGCGCCGACAAAAGGAGGGAUUGACUGUCCCCGGUGCCGAGGCAACGCUUGACCUCAUCCUCGCCGCCUCCAAGACGGGUCAAGUCGCGGUUCUCGAGCACGCUGUGCAGCAGUACCGAGCGGACGCGGGGAAAUGGUCUUCGGCAGGUCACAAGGAAGCGAUGAAUGCCCUCCUGCACCUCCGCCGACCGAACGACCCCAUCGACCCGAUCAUCCGGCUCUACAACGACCUCUUCGACCACGAGCAGCUUCACCCGAGUCGCAGGGCGUACGAGGUCGUCAUCGAGGCGUUCUGCGUCCGCGACAAGGAGAUCGUCAGCCAGAUCGAGGCGCUCGAGGCGAAGGCUGCUCGGCGGACGCUCACGGUUGAGGCUCGCGGACCGUGGAAGGUCGCCGAGAACGCUCAGGAUGUCCUCGGCGAGCAGGAGCGCGAGACGCUUGCUCGCCUGCGCGACACGAACUUCUACCAGCACGCCCUCGUCUUCUUCAACAAGCUCGGCGAACCGGCCAAGCACCUCAGCUUGCCCGCAUACGAAGCGCUCAUCGAGACCGCUGCAGCCCGCGGAGACGUCGAGACGGCCGUCUCGCUCUUCGGGCGCGUCGAGCAGCAGAAGUACCAGAACCCCGGUUGGCGCUCGCACUCGGCUUUGAUCAAGCUCCACGCCAAGCAGGAGAACGGCGCCGACCUCGUCAAGGAGAUCUUCGAGUCGUACCUCCUCAACCGCAGCAAGGGCGUCAUCAGGAACUCUGGACUCGAGUCGCUUCGCCGCACCAACCCCGCCGACUCGCUCGACGCCAAGGUCUCCGGCGACGAGCAAGUGUGGAACGAGACGAUCCGCUCGCUCGUCAGUCUUGGCGACUUCGCCGGCGCCGUCGCCAUCGUCGAGAAGCUCAUUGUCGCGCUUAACUCGACGGAGCCCGCACCUCAGGGCUACCCGGACAAGAUCGGGCCUGAGGCGUGGGGAUCCCUCGCAGCCGGUUUCGCCGCUCAAGGCGAGCACGAAAAGGCCGUCACCUGGUUCGACAGGCUCGUCUCGGGCGAAGCGCAGGGCCUCCGCGACGGCACGAACAAGCUGCCUGGCUUUGCUCUCCUCGACGGCAUGCGCACCGACGACGUCGCAUUCGUCAACCACGUCUACCGCUACAUGCUAGCGCAGGCAGACAAGGUCCCGCUCUCGAUCGCCCACCUCGCCCGCGUUGUCGACUACAAUCUCGCGCACGCAGCCAAGACCGAGGACCCCGACGCGCGCAACGCCUUGUUCGACACGGUCAUCGAGUUCCGCCGCGGCUUCGAGCAGGCCGUCUUGGCGAACCACGUCGAAGCCGGCGGCGCCGUCAGCUUCAGCGAUUCGACCGGUCUUCUCGGCCGCAUGGCUGCGACGAUGGGUUCCUUCGGCCGCUUCGAUGUCGCGACAUCGACCUUCGUCGAGCUCGCCAACAUCGUCCGUCGCCUCAUGCGGGACGCUGGCGACGAGGACGUUGCGGACGCCCAGAAUGAGGCCGGUUGGACACGCAGCCGCCGCACCUGGGCGCUCACCGUGACGGACGACGCCUCGGGUGCUCUCGGCUUCGUUCCGGCCAUCAACAGCGAUUCGGCCAUCCACGGCCUCACGCGCCUCGUCGCCGAGCGUCCGUCUCUUCAGCAGGCUGUCACCGUCGUCGGCUGGACGAACAAGCUCCGUAACGUUGUCCACCUCGCUCCCGUCGCCAACCACGUUCUCGCGGUUGCCGAAGCAUACAGCGCAGCGCGUGCCGGACCCGAACGCGACGCCGAGCUGAGCCAGCUCUCCGGCGACAACUGGUACACCGUCCUCGAAGGUAUGGCAUACUCGGCCGCCCUACUCCAGCGCGGAGUCGCCGUCGACUUCUCCUUUGCCGGCUUCGAUGCUGCCUUCGACGACUUCCUCGCUAGCGGUUCGCAGCUCCCGCUCACGCCCGAGACGGCCGAGCUUCGCGCCAUCCGGGACUCGCUCGCCCUGAUCGGCGCACCCGAGGCGCGUAUCGACGAGGUCGUCAAUGCCUUGCAGCAGAAGACAGCCCAGACGAUGCAGCAGCAGCCCUCGUCCACCGAUGCCGAUGCUGCCGCCGCAAAGGUCGAUGUUGUCGAGGACGAGGCUGGUUCGGUCACCAGCGAGUCGCUCGGGACCGCGACGUCUGCGACCCAAGAGACCGCGUCGGCUACGAACUCGGUCCUCACGCCUCCCUCGACCCCGCCGGCUUACUUUGCGGAGCGGGAGAUCAAGCCUGCCGCUUCGUCAGCUCCUGCGGCGAACGAGCCAGCGGUCGACCUGCGCCUCACCCAGCUCCUCGACGCCUUCAUCGGUGGCCACAACAUCGACAAGGCGUUCGCGAAGGCGAGGGAGGCUGCCCAACAGGGUCGCUACGCCCGCCCCGAGACAUACUCGCGCCUGAUCGAGCUCCUCGGCCGCAACAAGCGCAUGGACGAGGCUCGCAUCGCCUACUUGGACGGUUAUGCCGCUCUCAAGGCGCUCGACAACGAUCCGACUGCACAGGCACUCGCGUGGGUUCAGCUCGAGGACCGCAUGAUUCUCGCCCUCGCCAACGCCGGCGAGCUCAAGGACGUUGGCCACCACCGAGACCGUCUCAUCCGAGCCGGCGUCGCACCCUCGGCCGACGCGUACGGCGCGAUGAUCGCCAACAUGCACGAGACGACCGACAACGCCUCGAUCGCCUUGACGCUCUUCGAGGAGGCGAUCGGUCUCGGCGUCCGUCCGAGCCAGUACCUCUUCAACACGCUGCUCUCGAAGCUGUCGAAGGCUCGCCGCGCGAAGGAGGUCCUCGACUAUUUCGAGCUCAUGAAGGAGUACGGCGUGCGCCCGUCGGCCAUCACUUACGGCACCGUCAUCAGCGCGUGCUGCAAGAUUGGCGACGAUGCGACGGCCACUUUCCUCUUCAACGAAAUGGUCGCCAUGCCCGGCUUCGAGCCGAGGGUCCCGCCGUACAACUGCAUGAUCCAGUUCUACACCCAGACGAAGCCCGACCGCGAGCGCGCUCUCCACUACUGGGACCGCCUCCGCAACGACCGCGUCCUCCCGACCGCUUUCACCUACAAGUGCCUCCUCGACGCCUACGGCUCGAUCGCGCCGCCAGACCUCGAGCAGACGCAGCAGGUCUUUGCGCAGCUCGUGCGCGACCGAGGUGUCACGGUCAACGGCUCGCACUGGGCGUCGCUCAUUACGGCGUACGGCAUCUUCGCCAAGGACCUCGACCGCGCCCAGGCCAUCUUCGACUCGAUCAGCCACCACCCGUCGACUCGCAGGAACCCGAAUGGUCGCCUCCCCGACGCCGUCGUCUACGAAGCGCUGCUGAAUGCCUGCAUUGCCAACGACCGCCACGAGCUCGUCGACCAGUACCUGGAACGGAUGCGCGCCGAAGGCGUCCGCAUGACGGCCUACGUCGCGAACGCGCUCAUCAAGGCUUACGCCGAGAGGGGCGCUUUCCAGCGCGCUCGCAACGUCUUCGCCGCCAUGGCUGACCCGCCCGCCGGCGUCGCUUCCGUCGGCAACCACCCCAACGACCGCCAGCAGAGGAACUCCCGCCUCGCUUCGAACGCCCAUGCCUCCGUCGACGAGCCGACCUACCGCGAGCCGUCGACCUACGAGACCAUGAUCCGCUGCGAACUCGCCGCCAAGGAGCCGUCGAAGGCGCUCGAGGUCUACGCCCGCGCACAGCAGCGGGCGUUCCCUCCUGCGAUCAUGGCGCGCCUGCACAAGCUGCUCGCGUCGGAAGGCGUCGAGCUCCAGGUGCAGCAGAGCGCAUGA